UUACGCACGCUUCAUAAUACAAUGUUUCAUUAACCUUUAUGAUGAAAGAAUUAUUAAUGAUGCACAAAUGGUUAUACUUUAUUAUUAUUUUAUCCCGGUACAAGGUUCUUGCUACGAUGGAUGUUAAUUUGGACGAACUGAAAUAUUUAGCUGCAAGGCUUAACCCUUUCGAGUGUCGACGUCUAAUAGCCGCACUUCAUUACACCACUUACGAAUUGCCGAAUACGCUAGCAGCAGCUGAACGGAACGUAGAUGAUGAGAUUCCUUGCAUCCGACAUCUGUUGCACUGGAACAGUUCUCCAGCAGAAGGGAAGGGCAAAACCCAUGAAGCUAUUGCACACAGAUUACGUCAAAUAAAUCGAUCUGAUCUAGCAGAUUGGUUAAGUAAAUCUGCAUUUAUGCAAUUAGGAAAGGAUCUGGGUAGAGCAGUGGUAAAGGCGUUUGAUGAACUUAGUAAAGAGGAAACGGAACCUUCUCAUCCAGUAACGCUGGAACCAAUUAAAACUUAUCGAGAAGAAGAAGAUCCUUGGGUACAAAUUGAUACCGUUCUGAUGGCAAUUUUAUUAGGAUUAUUAGGAACAUUAUUAACAUUAAUAUGCGCUACGAUUUUCAAAAAAAUAAGAGACCACUUACGUAAAAAUAAGUACAAAAAGUUGGCCCAAAAGGAAACACAAAAUAAAGAAGAAAAAAUGGAAGAGAAAAGAAUAAAAUACGUUACUGAAAGUAGCUCAGGAAUCACUGAUAAUGUCCAUCCGGAUAGCGAAACGGAGACGGAUUUUAAUUAAAAAUUAUAUAAUUUCAUUUGGAUUUUAGGAUAGAUAAUUUUCUUCACGUGGUAGCAUAACAAUGUGGUUCGUGUGACUCCCCCUGUAGUGCAAAUUCUGAAAACUUCGAACGCGCGAAAUAUAAAUUGUAUAGUAAUGUAACCGAAGAAUUUAAAAGGUUAAUAUCCAUAAAUUAAUAAUUAUUUAAGGAUAUAUAAACUAAUAAUACCACUUUCAAAAGAACUAAAUAGUACGAUUCAUAUAAGCUAAUAAUAGAUAAAGA